AUGCACAGUCGUCUGGCCUGCCUGCGACACGGCACCCCCAAAGCUCUGGCCCAGCCUGAGGGCCUUGUGGAAGGGCUCUGGAGGAGUCAGGGGUCCCAGGGUCAGGGAGGCCUUGAGGCAGUGGGAGUCCCAGGAAUGGGAGGUGGGAAACCUCAGGGAGCUUCUGGGAACCUGUGGGGUCAGGAGAAGGGAGAGACACGGCUCCUCCGACCUGUGGACCCAGGUGUAAGGUGCAAGCAGCAGCACCCGGCAGAGGCCCAACAAGGCUCAGGAGCUCGCAUGCUCUGGCUCCUGCAACAGCUGCCAGGGGAGCGGGUUCUGCCCCUCGGGGUCACCUGUUCUCAGGCGGUCCAGGCCGUGACCCAGCAGUGGCCUGCAUGCUGUGGGGACAGCUCACAACAAAAGAAGACUGGAGGUGAAGGGAAGCACUCGCAAAGCAGGGAAAGAAAAGGCGGCUCGAGCACGUGUGAGCAGCUCACUGACAAGAUCCGCUCUGGUGUAUCCAGGAAGUCAUUCAGUGCGCUGGGGAAACAAGUGGAGGGAGUGCAGCAGCUGAGGAAGGAGAUCACAAGCCUGGUUGCAGAGCUGAGAAGUGUGGAGAAGGAACUUCAGGACCUAAGAAUGGCAAUGUCUGCAAUGCCCGUGGAAGAGAACAUCCAGAUGUCUGCCUGGAUUCUGCAAAGCAAAGGGGCCAUCAUGGACCUGCAGAGAUCACCCAGAAGCUAUGCGUGGCCCUGCAGUGUGUUCGGGUUCCUUUGUGAUUCGAACCGUCUGGAUGCUUUUGUGCAGAUGGAUAUUUCCCCAGGAUAUUGCUGGCCUUUCCAAGCAUCUCAGAGCCAGGUGGUCAUUCGGUUGCCUGCACAAGUCCAGCCAACAGCGAUCACUGUGCAGCACCCCUUGAAGGAGUCCUCUGGGCUUGGGGACAUCAGCAGCGCCCCGCAGGAUUUCACCGUCUCUGGAAUGGAUGGAGAAAAGGAAACUCUGCUCGGGACUUUCACCUAUGACAUAGCGGAACAGCCGAUCCAGACCUUUCCUCUGCAGAAUGAGCUUCUCAGAGCCUUUCAGUUUAUCAGACUUGCCAUACAGAGCAACUGGGGCAAGUCGGGCAACACCUGCAUUUAUCGAGUGCAGGUUCAUGGGAAGCGAAGAAAAGUGGUCAAGAACAGCAUGCAACUUUUGGACAAAAUGAGUGAAAAGUUUCCUCAACAAUGUCUAAGAGAGAAAAUGUCCUUCAGAUUUCCUAAGCAGGUUCUAAAGCCCAGACAGAAAGAGGCUGUCAAAGUGGCCAUUGAAGAGAUCUUCCAAAGUAUCUUCUACAUCUUUAGCAAGAAUCUGACUCUAGCUGCUUGGGAUAAGACAGCUUUAGGACAGUUCCAAAAUGGACUUUAUCAGCAAAUUGAGCAAUUGGAGGCAUGUGUAAUCAAGAAGCAGACCCAGCAUUUUUGGAGUAAAGACCCCAACAGGCUGAAACUGAAGAAGUACUUCAAAGAAAUAGACUGUUUUCUUAAAGACAAACAGUACAGCCUGUGCUCCUGGGAAAUAAGCCGUGCAGAAAUGAGAAGAUGUCUUCAGUUGGUUGAUAAAGUUGUAAGGAAGCUCAACAACUAAGGUGUACAUACUCUACCCACGAUCAUUCAUGGAUGCAAGCUAAAGAAGUGACAAGAGACACAGGUAUCGAGCCUGAAGCUGAAAUAGCAGAAAUAAAGCCAGCUAAGAACUUCACUGUGGUCCAGAACAACAGAAAAGACCAAAGAAGCAGAGCAAAGAAUAAGAGCCAUUUUUCUACCUGGUGACACCCUGCCACAAAUGUUAAAACAAAAUGUACGUUUCUUGGGCUUUGUAAUGAACAGCACUUGAAAUGGCCCCACUGCAAGACUUUUUCAGUAUUAUUUCUGCUGCUUGUUUGGUUCUUUUUACACC